GGUUGAGACACACACAGGUAACUAAGAAGAAAAAAAAAAAAAACCUGAAAAACCCUCCAAGGCUUGUUAUGGAGUUCGUGUGAACGAAACGCGGCUUUCCACCCUUCUUUACCAGUCAAACCAGUAUCGCUGGAUAGAACAUUCUCAAGUACAGCAACAGGUAGAGUGACUGGCCGCAAACUCUUUCGUGGCUCCCUCUGAAAAUAAUCUCCCCUCUUUUUUUUCUAACUCUCCCCUUACCUCAAUUGAGUUUCCAGACCUUUUUGUUCGCUCUUCUUAUCACUUGGAAAAAGGUGAACCCUCGUGUUGUUUUUAGUUUAAUCUUUGCUUUAAUUGUAGCUUUUACCCUUGUGGUCCCUGAUGGCUUCGCACAGUGAUACUCUGGUGGUGUUCUUUGGGGCAACAGCUGGUGCAAAUGGGGGUAAACUGGGUUCGGAUGAGAGGGAAAUAAUUCUCUUGGUGUGGCAAAUUGUGGACCUACGUGAGAAAAAGGUGGGCAAGCUAAACAGAUGUCUUGUCAAGCCAGACACUUUGGAGCUUGCAGAUCAGUGCAAAGAGGAGACGGGCAUCAGUUUGGACGACCUUGUCAACGCUGAGCCCCUGGAUAACGUUCUGCAGCAGUUCCAGCAGUCAGUGACAUCGGAACUGAAGUGUCUCGACAGGAGCUCUUACACUCUUUGUGUCAACAGUCCCCUUGUCAUCCGACAGGCUCUUCACCCCGAGGCUUCCAAAAAGAAUCUCAUCCUUCCCGAGUGUUUCUUCUCAUUUGUGGACUUGAGAAAAGAGUUUGAAAAAUGCUGCCCCAACGCCGACCCAGCAAACAAGCUGGAUCUCCCUUCCAUGUUGGAACAUGUGGGUCUCGCUGCUGUGUCAGAGCAGCUGAUGGGGGUGAGGGAAGUGAGCAGCAUGGUGCAGCUGAUCCUCUGCAUCCUGGCUGAGCCUUACAAUCACAAUUUUUCCUGCGUGGAGACUGUGAAGUACAAAUUUGAUUCUGGCACGUGCAGUAAGACAGAGCCGGUAGACAACGAGACAAUCAUCAGAGCGCGAGGACUUCCGUGGCAGUCUUCAGACCAAGACAUUGCUCGCUUCUUCAAAGGCCUCAAUAUAGCCAAAGGGGGUGUGGCCUUAUGCCUCAAUGCUCAGGGCAGGAGGAAUGGCGAGGCCUUGGUUCGCUUCAUCAACUCGGAACACAGAGACUUGGCGCUGGAACGCCACAAGCACCACAUGGGCAGCCGCUACAUCGAGGUCUACAAGGCCACAGGAGAGGAAUUCCUCAAGAUUGCAGGAGGCACGUCAAAUGAGGUGACACAGUUCCUGUCCAAAGAAAACCAGGUGAUCAUCCGCAUGCGAGGUCUGCCCUUCACUGCCACGACACAGGAAGUCCUGGACUUCCUCGGUCCCGAGAGCCCGGUCACAGACGGCGCAGAGGGUCUGCUGUUUGUGAAAUACCCAGACGGAAGACCAACGGGCGAUGCCUUUGUGCUUUUCUCCUGUGACGAGUACGCCCAAAACGCCAUGAAAAAGCACAGGCAGAUCCUGGGCAAGCGCUAUAUCGAGCUCUUUCGCAGCACUGCUGCUGAGGUGCAACAGGUGCUGACUCGCUACCUGUCGACCCCCCUGAUAUCCACGCUGCCCGCCGCGCCAAUAGUCCCCGUCCUCGCCACGCCGCCUUUCCUCCCGACGGCCAGCGGCACUCGCGACUGCGUCCGCCUCCGCGGCCUGCCGUACACGGCCGGCAUCGAAGACAUCCUGGAGUUCAUGGGCGAGCACACGACUGACAUCAAACCGCACGGAGUCCACAUGGUCCUCAAUCAGCAGGGUCGACCCUCGGGCGACGCCUUCAUUCAGAUGAAAUCCCCGGACAAGGCUUUUAUGGUGUCCCAGAAGUGUCACAAGAAGACCAUGAAGGACCGCUACGUGGAGGUGUUCCAGUGUUCCACGGAGGAGAUGAGCAUUGUACUGAUGGGCGGAACCUUGAACCGCAGCGGCCUUUCGCCACCGCCUUGCAAACUCCCCUGUUUAUCGCCUCCUGCAGCCUACGCCUUCCCCACCUCACCUGCCAUCUUGUCAGAGGCAGGCCUCUACCAGCCCCCCCUGCUGGCCGCUCCCAGACCUCUUCAGGCCACACACAGCCCCGCCUUGGCCUACUACCAACCUCAACCUCACCUCUACAUGAACAUGAACUACACAGCUUACUAUCCCAGCCCCCCAGUGUCCCCCUCCACAAUGAGCUACUUCGCAACCUCCCCAUCAGUGGUGGCCCAACCUCACCAUGCGGCCGCGGCGGCAGCGGCCGCCUCGUCUCCGGUGCUGCCCCAACCUGGAGCUCUGGUGCGAAUGCAGGGCCUCCCCUACAACACCGGCGUCAAAGACAUCCUCAGCUUUUUCCAGGGCUACCAGUACGCCCCCGAGGAGUACGGCAGCUUGGUUCAGAUGAGCGAACAGGCCAGGAGUCUGAUUCAGCCCAAAGAAUGGCUUUGCCUGUAGGGGCUGACCCCAAGGUAAGCCGUCUCGGACCCCCGCGGGACGAGACGCCGCGUUGCUUCGCUCUUUGUGCUCUCUGACUCAGCUUGCUGGCUUGCAUGUUUCCCCAAAUGAAUCCUUGCCGCUUUUUAGAGUAGUUCUGAGUGUUGAUUGCUGAAUAAACUGCAAGGGUCCCUCCCGUCAAUAUAAACGAGGAGUGGCCCUUGCUGGUUUUCCCAAAAAUAUAUACAUUAUGGUAACCGGUAUAACUUUUUAAUACUUUCUUGACGUGCUUGCUGCUGUUGCGUUGGAAAAGUCAUCAUUUAAUUUGUCUUGGUUGCAUGAAUCACAGUUUCCUCGCUAGUCAAGCCGAAUAGAUGCUUGAUACUCUGCAGUUGACGCAAAACAACCCUGCAUGUGAUUAUCUUGAUAAAUGCUUUUACCCACUGCAAGUUGAAAAAAAAAAAUCAAUUAUGUAUAGCAUUUAUCCUGAACUGGUUGCCAGUCAAUCGCAAGGCACAUAUACACAAACAACCAUUCAUGCUCACGAUCACACCUACAAUUUGGAGUUCUCAAUCGGCCUACCAUGCAUGUGUUUGGCGUGUUACUUAGCAACUUCCUGGGAGCAGUUUGUCCUGUCGCCUCCAGCUUCUUUUCUCCUUUUCGCUGCUGUGGAAAGCAUGCUAGUUAACUAACCCAAAUAGAUCAAUCUGAGCUGUGUUCUUCUGGGAUCAAAAUGACCUCUCAUAACAUUGCCAUCGCCUCCCUUCCUCCUCUUCUCAGGAGUGUGAAAUCAUCCUCACUCACACUCGCUGGCGCCCUCUGGUGUUUGGCAUAAGAUUGAAACCUAAAUAUCUAGACAUAUGAGCAGGUGGAGUUUUUUUUAGUUUGUUUCUUGCUGCGCAGCUCCAGCCGGACGCCGUCCUCAUCCUGUACAACUUCAACGGCCAGUGCAGCGGUGAGGCCUUGGUCACCUUCCCCAGCGAGGAGGCGGCGUGCCGGGCUGUGGCCGAGCGCUCCAGUCACGUCUUCUACGGCCAGCAGGUCCACUUGGCCUUCUGCAACUGACUCCAAAUGCGCGUGUACAUGGCUGCUUCCUUCUUACCAAAGCCUUUGUCUGCACUUAAACGCUUUUUUUUUUUUUUUUUUUUUUUUUUUUUUUUUUUUUUUGGUCGUCCAAAUCAACAAUUAUUUUGUGCCAGCUUGAGCAGCCAAAAGCCAUACAGUCAAGUGGAAGAACGGCGUUUUGAAUACCCGCUUUUCUGCAAUUGGAACCAUCCGACCUCACCUCCGGAUUUCAUAUUGCUGCUUAACAAACGUGCGAUGAACCAACUUUUGCAUUCCGUUUGGACUCUGCAGCUCCAAUGAAAACGUUAAGGACAACAAGGCAACUUUUUGACUUUGUGUGACCAAAAUACUGAUUUUGUCCCCCCCCCCCCCCCCCACACACACACAAUGUGCCUAGAUUAGCCAGAGUGCAACACUAGCACUCCUAUUGUUAAACCUCCAAAAAGGGAGGAUAUAUAUAUAUAUACAUUUUUUUUUGUUUCAUUUUUUUUCUUUGCCAUAUAUAUAUAUAUAUAAGAAUUGUGAAUAAGUGUUAAAAAUAAAAAUGUUAUUGAUGA